GAUCUUGACAUGUUGAUCUGUUUCCUGAAGAGCAUGCAACUCUGUCAAGAAUUGGAUCCAUCUUUUCUAAGAAUGACAAACCUCCACCAGUUAGCAGUGGAAGAGGAGGAGGAGGGAGGGAGAAAAAAAAGAGGCUGUUGUUCUUUCCAUGUCUUUUGUCUACUGAUAGACCUGAUGAGAUAACUAGUCAAGUGUAACAGUUUGGUUGGUGUGUAGUGUACCAGUAAACAUCAUUUCUUUCCUCCUCGAUACUUCCACGUCCUCUCAUUACAUCUUGCUUUUAAAAUGGCUUUAUACCUCAAAAAGAUCACAACUUAAAUCAAUGUUGUACAUUUUGAAAGAAUGGACUUUAUUGGUCUAAUUGCCAUGGUCUAGGAUCACUGGUGGAAAUUGUGGAUGAGAACCAGUGUGUACUAGUAGUGAUGUCCUUUAAACAACACAUUAUGAUGUCAGUAGGAAGAGAUGUGAUAGGAGAGGUAAUGAGUGUUUAUAAAGAAUCCUGUCCCAGUCUAGAGGUAGAAGAGUUAGUUAUUGAUCCUAAAGAACUAGCCUAUCCUGUGAAUACACCAAGAGAAAGGACAGUGUAUAGUGUAAAAGAUAUACUUUCUGCUAUUGGCAAUGGAGGCAAUUGCUUAGUUCAUAGAAAUGGAACAAGUACAGAAUUGAAGGAGAUCCUACCUGAUGAAUCAUUAUCAGAUAUUAGUAACCUGUCACUAUUAGGAGGACAUGACAUUAAGGAAGUGUUUAAAGAAUUCAAUGCUCAUGUACCAUUGACUGCAGUAAAGAUAGGUACAAGAAUUCAAAAUGACAAACCAGCUACUAAUUAUAUACUCACCCACACAGAUCAGUGAGUACAAUGAUGAUAAACAAAAAGUUACAUUGACUAUCAGGGAUCUGGUAGAGAUAAAACAAGUGUUAAGAGAUGGUCACUUUCAAACCAUCAAAUGGUUUGAUCUUGGUCUCUACUUGGGUCUGAGUUACAAUGAUUUGAAAACAAUUGAGCAUAAUUAUCCACGGGAUACUGAACAGUGUCUCACAGAAUGUUUAGCAAAAUGGCUCAUAAAUGAUAUUAAAGCAACAAGGAACAAACUAGCUAUUGCUGCUUGUAAAGCUAUUGCUGUUGACAAGAGAGAUAAGAAAAGAGUUUGAUGGUAUUGUAUGGUGUACCUGAUAAAUCAUUAAUGAUCUGAUAAUUAGUAAUAGUAAGCUGUCACUAUUAGGAGGAGAGGUAAUGGUAAAUGGGUAUUAGAAACACUCAUAAUCAUAAUCAUUA